AUGAAUCUGACAGCUCCUCUGCUGCUGCUUCUCACGGCUUGUGCGGCCAGCGGUGCGCUGCUGCCCAAGGCCUUAUGGCAGUUUGGGCAGAUGAUCCCUUGCGCCCAGCCUGGCGUCAACUCCCUAAAGUACAACAAUUACGGCUGCUGGUGCGGCUUCGGGGGGAAGGGAAGCCCUGUGGAUGAAUUGGACAUGUGCUGUAAAGUUCACGACAAAUGCUAUCAAGAAAGCAGAAAGGCUCCAGGGUGCACGGCUAUCGCUGACCUUCCCUAUGUUCUUGUUUAUGACUUCACCUGUUCAAACCAACAAGUGACCUGCUCAGCAACCAACAAUAAGUGCCAGGCUGCCGUGUGUGAGUGCGACCGGGUGGCGGCUCACUGCUUCGCUCAGUCCGCAUACAACCCUGAAAACAAGAACCUCGAUCCCAAAGUCCACUGUGUCAACUAA